AAAUACUCUCUGCAAGCACUGACUGGGAGCUCUAUAAGAGCAGUAUUUACUGGUAGAAUCAGACAGAAGGUUGUUGAAAUUCUCCCUGCAGGGAGUUUGUGUGGGAGAUCUUCAAAUGGAGGUUGUUCACAGACAAGUUUCUGUAAAUGGGGUUCCCCUAAAGGGCCACCCUGUGCAGAUUGUCGUUGCCUCAGAUGACCACACAUUUGAGCUUGAUGAAGAGAAGCUGGAGAGCAUCCUCCUGCAUCCCUCCAUAAGGGAUAAGAAGGCGGUGGUCGUGUCAGUUGCAGGUGCUUUUCGCAAGGGAAAAUCUUUUCUCCUGGACUUUUUCCUGCGCUACCUCAAUGCUGAUUGUUCCCCGGACUGGCUUGGUGAUGAUGACUCUCCACUGGAAGGCUUCUCGUGGCGGGGAGGAUCCGAGCGAGAUACCACUGGAAUCCUCCUGUGGAGUGAACCUUUCAUCUGCCAUAUCCCGAGUGGAGAGGAAGUGGCUGUCAUCUUGAUGGACACCCAGGGUGCGUUUGACAGCGAGUCCACCGUGCGUGACUGUGCAACAGUGUUUGCCCUCAGCACAAUGAUCAGUUCCGUGCAGGUGUACAACUUAACACAGAACAUACAGGAGGACGACCUGCAGCACCUACAGCUGUUCACAGAAUAUGGAAGACUGGCUUUGGAAGCAAAUGAUAAUGUGUCCAAACCAUUCCAGAAUCUGCACUUCCUGGUGAGAGACUGGAGUUUCCCCUAUGAAGCAACUUAUGGUGAGGCAGGUGGAAAGAAGAUCCUGGCCAGAAGGCUGCAGAUUUCCAACAAGCAGCAUCCUGAACUGCAGCAGCUGCGUCAACACAUCAGCUCCUGCUUUGAGUACAUCUCCUGCUUCCUCAUGCCACACCCAGGCCUCAAGGUGGCCACCAACCCACGCUUUGAUGGACGACUCAAAGACAUCGAGACAGAAUUUAAGGAGCAACUGCAGAUCCUCAUUCCCCUCCUCCUGGCCAAGGACAAUCUGAUCAUCAAGGAGAUCAAUGGCUGUCAGAUAACCUGUAGGGACCUGGAGGAAUACUUCAAGGCCUACAUCAAGAUCUACCAGGGAGAAGAACUACCAGAGCCCAAGUCCAUGUUGCAGGCAACAGCAGAAGCUAACAACUUGUCUGCCGUGUCCCACGCCAAACUACAAUACACCAGAGAAAUGGAGGAACUCAUCGGUGGUGACAAACCCUACAUGAACCCUGAUCAAUUGGAAAGAGAGCACUGUCAGUGUUUGGAGCGAGCGAUGGACCUGUUCUCAAGCACCAAGAAGAUGGGAGGGCCGGAGUUCAGCAGAAUGUAUGCAGACCAACUGAAGGAAGAACUGGAGGAAUGUUUUGACAACUUCCAAAAACACAACGCAAGCAAGAACAUUUUCAGUGCUGCCAGAACACCAGCAGUGUUGUUCACUGUGAUGGUGGCGUCCUACUUGGUGGCUGGUAUUCUGGGAGUUAUUGGACUUGAGUCACUGGCCAACUUGUUGAAUCUUGUGAUGAUUGGUUUUCUCGGUAUCAUGUGUGCAUGGUUAUAUGUGCGUUAUAGUGGAGAAUACCGGGAAAUCGGAGCAUACAUCGACCAGCUUGCAGAUUUUAUUUGGGAACAUGCUUUAUCCCAGGUGUAUUCCAAAGCUGCAGAGCAUGCCGCCCAACAGGCGGCCAAGCAGGCCACGCGGAAACUAAAGAAGAACUAGCAGUGCCAUCUACUGGGCAUUCUAGGUGUAGGCUCAAGAUAGAGCUUGUGCGUUACUAGAAACCCCACAGUGCUAGAUGAGGAAACAGUGGACUGUUAGUAUCAAACAAUGUGACAGAUGUAACUUCGUCAAAACAGGUGCCCUCUCAGCUCUGUAUCAGCCAUAAGGCUAAAUUCUCAGAGAUGAAUGAGUAGCCUAUUAGAAUUAAAGGGGAACUGAUUUGUAGGCAUGUCACUGGAUGAGAGGAUUCCAUCAUAGUUCCCACUCAAGGCAGGAAUGGCUGUAUUGUUGUAUAUUAGGUAAUCAGGUGUGUGGAAAUAUCAAAAUUUUAAACUUUUCUCUUGGCAAAUGAAAUGUAAAUGUUCCUUUGUCCGGAGACAGUCCACUUGUCCAGGUUGUUAACUCAACACGAUCAGGAUUUUCUAACCACUAAACAGGCCUCUCACUGUCAAUCUGAUGAGUCAGUAUUUUGUCCUAAUGGCUUUUCCCACCAUUUCCAUGCCGUAAUCAAACAAAAAAACAUUUUUUUAACAACAAGCAAAACAUUUUACAAUGUGUUUAGCAAUUGACUAUUUGGUCCCCUUAUGAAGCAGUGAGAGUGAGCUGUCAUUUGGGUUGGUCAUACUCACAAUGUUUGCAUUUUAUCAAGCUAUAUUUAGUUCCUGGAAAUAUUUUAUUAAAAUUGAUGCAAGCUCUGCUAAAUUUUAAGGCUUUCUUUCUGAUGGUCACAUGCAUUGAUUUUCCACACCCUGGUAGUCCAUAGUUUGUCAAGACAAGCUCCCCUUUAGGGUGGCACCUGGGGGGUUAAUCUGUUCACAUUACACAUGUACAGAUGGUUUAAUUUAUUCUCUGUUUACCCCCGACAUUUCAAGUUAUUUUGUAUAAUCACGGUUGUCAUAUCCUUCACCAGCCAUAUCGCUGUAGUAACAUGUGAAACAGUUAAACACUAGUCACACAAACUGCGUUCUAAACUUCUUGAGAUCAGAGAAUUAGAAUAGAUCAGUAGCACAGAAUGAUUAAGGUAGCCAAAGAAUGUAACAAGUGCUAGUUUUUGUAUCCUGCAUUCAUGCCAUGUUAAUGAAAA